AUGGCGUUUUUCGAGAUUGAACCCAAUUAUUUGAAACUCUCUGAGUUGAAUUACGAGUUGCGUAUCAGAGGAGUUAAAUCAGAGAGAGUUGAUAUUGAUGUUAAACGUAAGACUUUGCGUAGGCGGUUGCGAGAAGAUUUAGUGAGGCCUGAGAUGACUUAUGUAACUCCAGAAUUUAAAUUUGAGGAUGAGAAGACUGAAGUGGAUGCUUCUAUAAAUGAAAUUCAGAACCUUUUAGCCGACUUUGAUGGUACUAGAGCCGAUAUGAACAAGAGGGUAGUAACAAGGAUAAGUCAUGUGUUGGGGAGGUUGAGCAGAUUCGUGACAACAACCGACCCGGAUGGCAAAAUUAGAGAAUAUAAGGAAGAUCAAUCACUUAUAGUGGGUGCCUUAGAUGAAACGCGGUUGGAGAUACUGGAACGAGCCCAGAAUGAAAGCGAAGACGUCUCUGAGGUAGGACAAGUUAAUCAAGCUGGUGCUGUAGCGAAGUUAACGCCCGUCCACAAGUGGGGUAUAACCUUUGAAGGGAAAGCUGUUAAUUCAUUCAUCCAGAGAAUUGAAGAAAUUCGUAUAGCACGUCGUACAACCAAAGAAGAAUUGUUCCGAUCAGCGUUUGAUUUGUUUCAGGGGCAAGCAUUGGUCUGGUUCCGCUCAGUGAAAUCAUCGGUACACACUUGGGAUGCAUUGGUCAAAGCACUUAGGCGCGAUUUCUUACCACCAGACUACGAUGAAGAACUUUGGCGCGAAAUUCGAAAUCGUACACAAGGACAACAGGAACGCGUUACGUUCUAUGUAGCUGCUAUGUUGAAUUUGUUUAGCAGACUUUCAGAACGACCAACAGAAGAAGUCCAGCUACGUACAAUUAAGAGAAAUUUGCGGCCUAAUUUUCAAACACAGAUAGCACUGACUGAUGCGCGGUCGGUUAGUAAAUUGACGGAAGUGUGCAGGAAACUAGAAGGAGCCUUCGAGUGCCAACAAAAAUUCCAACCACCACCUAGGAGAAGUAUCGCUCUUUUAGAACCUGAUCUUGCUUAUACAGGAACUGAAAAUGUUGGACAGGAGCAGCCGUCGACGUCACGCAACGAAGACAGAAGGUAUCGUCGAUCGUACCACACAGCUCAGAUCGGUGAAUUAACAUGCUUCGGGUGUAAGAAACUUGGUCAUUUCAUAAGAGAUUGUCCCCGAAAAAUAACUCGAAAAGGUCCUGUUUGUAUAGGAUUUAAGGGACAGGGAAAUGGUAGAAGAUGGCCACCCCUGUCCGGAAUUCAGCAAAAGAAGGCUGUGCAUGUAAAUAAUCGAACUCCUAGUCAGAAAAUUUCAAAAGUACGUGAUAGUUCUUUUAUUGGUAAAAAUUUUGAGAAGCAGCACAUGUCGCAACAUUGUGAUUUUUCAACAUCUAGUCAUAAUUUAGAUUCUAGUCAGAUUGAAGCUCUUUUAGUCAGUAGAGUAGGAGAUAACAGGCCUUAUGUGUCAAUUGACAUCUUUGGUUUUAAGGUAUCUGCUCUUCUCGAUAGUGGAGCUAGUCAUUCAGUAAUUGGAGAGAAAGGAAUGCAUCUGGUUGAAUCAUCUAGCGUGCAUGUUUAUGAUACUGCAAUACCAGACAUUGGAACAGCUGAGGGACGACGUCAAAAAAUUACCGGAUACGUAGACCUGCCAGUACAAAUAGAAGACAUUUGUAAAGUUGUUAGAUUCUUGUUGGUACCUUCAAUCUGUCAUACGGUUAUUUUGGGAAGUGAUUUUUGCAAACAGUUUAAGUUGAAGAUUGAUUUUGGCAUCGAUCAAUUUUUUAUAGGAAAUAAGGUCAUAGAAUGUAGGUCGAGGAAACCUGUAGAAGUUAGUGUACUUAAUCGAAUUCACUCGGAAGAAGAACUGGACGAGGAGCAGGAGCAACAGUUGGCUGCUGUUAAAGAUAAGUUCAAAACUCUGUCGUGGGAAGCUGGCGAAAAACUCGGCAGAACAAACAAGGUUGAGCACAAGAUUAAUACAGGAGACGCUGAGCCGAUCAAGCAGCGACAUCACAACAUGUCACCUUACAUGUUAGCACACCUUAACGCCGAAUUAGAUAAAAUGCUGAAACUGGGAGUGGUGCAACCAUCAACAUCUCCUUGGGCUUCUCCGGUGUUGCUAGUUAAAAAAUCUAACGGAGAGAUGCGUUUUUGCUUUGAUGGAAGGAAGUUGAACUCACUGACAAAGAAGGAUGCAUACCCUCUUCCCCUGGUAGACCAAAUAUUAAAUAAACUGAAUAGUGCUCAAUUUUUAUCAAGUAUCGACCUUAAAGCUGCCUUCUGGCAAAUCCCCUUAGAGAAAGAUUCCUGCGAGAAAACCGCUUUUGUAGUACCAGGCAGAGGACUGUUUGAAUUCAACGUGUUGCCAUUUGGGCUUAACAACGCGGCACAGACGCAACAACGUCUGAUGGAUUCUGUCCUUGGACCCGCCUUCGAGCCCUACGUCUUCACUUUUUUAGAUGACGUCAUAGUGGCGACCCCUACGUUCUCGAAACAUAUAGAAGUGCUGGAGCAAAUAUAUGAGAAAUUUAGAGAGGCCAAUUUAACCAUCAACAUUGAAAAAUGUCAAUUUUGCAAACCGUCUCUUAAAUACCUGGGAUUCGUUAUCGAUAGGCAAGGACUAAGGACGGACCCAGAUAAAGUGGCGGCUAUGUUGAAUUACCCCCUACCGCAAACAGUGACGCAAGUUAAACGAUUCAUCGGUGUCUGUGGGUGGUAUCGCCGGUUUCUAGCAAACUUUGCCACAAUGACAGCUCCUAUAACAGCUAUGAUAAAGGGUAAACGAAAACACCAAACAAUUUCGUGGACAAAAGAAGCAAAGGGAAGUUUCGAUAAAAUUAAAGAAGCUCUAGUAGCUGCCCCGGUUUUGGCGACGCCAAAUUUUGAUAAAACUUUCUGUAUUCAAAGUGAUGCCUCAGAAGUAGGGUUAGGUUCUGUCUUAGUCCAAGAGGAUGAUGAAGGACGGGAGGUCCCGGUGGCAUUUGCCAGCCGUACUCUUACACCCCAAGAAAGAAAGUACACGGUUACAGAGAAAGAGUGCUUGGCGGUUCUGUAUGGUAUAGAAAAGUUUAGAUCUUACAUCGAAGGAGUAAAGUUUCGGGUGAUAACAGAUCACUAUAGCCUUCUUUGGCUAAACCGUUUACGCGACCCCUGUGGCAGACUCGCUAGAUGGGCCAUGAAGAUCCAGCAGUAUGAGAUGGAGAUAGAGCACCGUAAAGGGAGUUUAAAUACGGUUCCGGAUGCCCUCUCCAGAGCACCGUUGGUACACGAGGUGAGCUUGUUACAACUCGAUAUUAAAAAAUGUUUGGAGGACCCUCUCUUUAAGAAAAUAUCUGAUGAGGUGACGAAAGAUCCAGAAUCGACGGAAUGGGGCAACUGGUCCAGAAUGGAAGCUGUUUAUACCAAAAUGCUAUCGUAG